AUGUGUUAUUUCUGUGACUUCGCAAGUCUCAGGGUAUCCUAUUUCAUCAUAAAUUUCAAGUUUCAACUAACUCAGAUUAUUCGUUUCAGGACUCCUUCCGGGAUGCUUCGGGUCAAUGCCACUCCCGAGACGGCAUUCAAUGACUUACUAAAUGACCUUGGGAACCAAAUGGGAGAAUCUGACCUUUCCUCGUUUACUUUUAGUGAUAAACCAAAUGAUAAAGGAAGCAGUGCCAACACUUUCCAUGGCAAAUCGGUGGCUGAUUUGGGACUAAAACAUGGUGACAUGUUGUAUGUUACAAGAACUGCCACAUCAUCGUCUCCUGCCGUUACGGCAUCCGUCAAUGAGCCAAAAUCCGGCUCAGCAGUCGUCACAAAACCCAUCAAUACCGCCGGUAUUAUUCCAAUACAUGGCCCUACCAAAGUCAAGCAAUUAGAAGUCGACGAUGUCUUGGAUACGCAGGACGGUAUGAUCAAACGUAAAAAAUCAAACUUGUGUCGUCAUGGAGAGAAGGGUAUGUGUGAAUAUUGCUCUCCUCUUCCUUCAUGGGAUAAAGGCUAUAGAGAAGAAAAUGGUAUCAAACACAUGUCUUUCCACGCCUAUGUCAACCAGAUUAACGAACAGAAGAACAACCGUAACAAUAGCACAUCAUAUAUGUCUCCUUUGGAGGAACCAGAUUACAAUGUGAAUCUCAAUUGUCCAAGUGGACAUGCACCUUACCCAAAGGGAAUCUGUUCCAAGUGUCAGCCUCCUGUUAUCACUUUGCAACAGCAACAAUUCCGGAUGGUAGACCAUGUCGAGUUUGCCGACUCGGGUAUCCUCAAUGAUUUUAUCGAUGUUUGGAGACAAACAGGAGUCCAGCGGUUUGGGUUCAUGUUUGGAAGAUACGAGGUGUUUGAUAAAGUACCACUCGGUAUAAAGGCGGUAGUGGAAGCAAUUUACGAGCCUCCACAGGCCGGAGAAACCGAUGGUAUUACUCUUUUGCCUUGGGAAAAUCAAGAGCUUGUUUUAAAGGUUGCAGAGAAGUUAAACUUGUACCCAGUGGGAAUUGCAUUCACAGACUUGACAGACUCGGGGGCUCGAAACGGUACCGUGUUGUGUAAAAGACAUAAGGAUACCUACUUUUUGAGCUGUUUAGAGGUGUUAAUGGCAGCCCGGUUUCAAAUUGAACACCCAAAUAUAACCAAACAUAGCAAUUCAGGUCGCUUUUCUUCCAAGUUUGUUACCUGUGUGGUUUCUGGUGGCCUUGAAGGAGAGAUUGAGCCACGUUCUUUUCAAGUAAGCACAAAUGCAGAGGCACUUGUUCGUGCAGACAUCAUCACUGGAUCUACACAACCUUCAAUGUUGUACAUAAAUUCAAGUCAGGGUAAGAGGUAUGUGCCAGAUGUGUUCUACCUGAAGAUUAAUGAAUACGGUCUCGAAGUCAAGACGAAUGCUAAACCUGCGUUCCCAGUUGAUUUCCUUCUCGUUACAUUGCUGGAUGCAUUUCCUCUCAACCCAACGCCAAGGUUUACGAAUGGAUUUACCAUUGAAAACAGAGACUUUAUGGGAAACCUUCAAGAUUUAAGAGCUGCAUAUCGAUAUAUAAAUUCGGAUCCUGGAAAUGGUAGCUGUUUAUCCAAUUUCCAUUUUAUUGUCUACUUGGUUACACUUGGCAUACUUGGCGAUUCUGAACUUCAAAUGGUGUUUGAUUAA